GAGAUCAGCGCAGGUGGAGGGUGCGGACGGACCAAGCUCACUGACCAUGGCUUCCAAGUGUCCCAAAUGUGACAAGACAGUGUACUUCGCCGAGAAGGUGAGCUCCCUCGGCAAGGACUGGCACAAGUUCUGUCUCAAGUGUGAGCGCUGCAACAAGACACUGACCCCCGGCGGCCACGCUGACCAUGAUGGGAAGCCCUUCUGCCACAAGCCCUGUUAUGCUACACUGUUUGGACCCAAAGGCGUGAAUAUAGGGGGCGCUGGUUCCUACAUCUACGAGAAGCCUCUGACGGAGGCUUCUCAGGUCACCGGCCCCAUUGAGGUCCCUGUGGUGCGAACUGAGGAGCGGAAGACCAGUGGACCCCGCAAGGGUCCCAGCAAAGCCUCUAGUGUCACCACGUUCACUGGGGAACCCAAGAUGUGUCCUCGAUGCAACAAGAGAGUAUAUUUUGCUGAGAGGGUGACCUCCCUGGGCAAGGACUGGCACCGGCCCUGCCUGCGCUGUGAGCGCUGCUCCAAGACACUGACCCCAGGCGGGCAUGCUGAGCACGAUGGCCAGCCCUACUGCCAUAAGCCUUGCUAUGGAAUACUCUUUGGACCCAAAGGAGUGAACACCGGCGCUGUGGGCAGCUAUAUCUAUGACAAGGACCCAGAAGGCACAGUUCAGCCUUAGAUCUGCAGAUGCUGGCCUCA